AUGUCUGAAAGUUUGCGCUCUAGGUCUCUUAAAAUAGCCACUGUUGUAUCCGCCUACUGGUUUAUUUCAAUUUCUAUGGUAUUUGUCAACAAAUAUUUAUUAAGCAGCAACGAUCUCAAGUUAAACGCUCCUAUUUUUGUAACAUGGUUCCAAUGUAUUGUCGCUGUAAUGAUUUGCUUUGGUCUUGGCUUGAUUGGAAAUAAAUUUCGCGGAAUUGAAGAGUUUCCUGCCUUUGAGAUCGAUGUCAAAAUUGCGAGAGAAGUUCUUCCCUUAUCAACCGUUUUUGUCGGAAUGAUAAUGUUCAAUAAUUUGUGCCUGAAGUACGUUGGCGUAGCGUUUUAUAAUGUUGGAAGAUCCCUAACAACCGUGUUCAAUGUUGUAUUAACUUACAUUAUCCUAAAGCAAAAGACGUCUUUAUAUGCCAUUUUGGCUUGCUUGAUGAUCGUUAUUGGCUUUAUUGUGGGUGUCGAGCAAGAGGAAGGGUCAAAAACUACUAGUAACCUUUUCUUGGGGGUAUUUUUUGGCGUGCUGGCUAGUUUAUGUGUAUCUCUUAAUGCAAUAUAUACCAAGAAAGUCCUUCCACAUGUUGACGGAAACUUAUGGCGUUUAACUUUGUAUAAUAAUUUAAAUGCUUCAGUAAUAUUUAUUCCUCUGCUAUUACUUAAUAAUGAAUUGGCCACGCUGUUUAGAUUCUCAAAAAUAGGAUCGGUAUACUUCUGGUUUAUUCUAAUUAUCAGUGGUCUUUUUGGAGUCGCUAUAGGUUUCAUUUCCGGUUUACAAAUCAAGAUUACGAGCCCUCUAACUCAUAAUAUAAGUGGCACCGCAAAGGCCUGUGUUCAGACAGUUAUUGCUGUUUCUGUAACUGGCGAUAUAAAAACUACGUUGUGGUGGUUUAGUAACAUGUUAGUAUUAGGUGGUUCAGCUGCAUAUACUUACGUUAAGCAUUCCGAAAUGAAAUUGGAGAUGACAGACGCAGAUAGUGCAAGACGAAUUGUGAAAAGUGACGUGACCGAUGAACAUUCUAUCAACGCGUAG